UAACAGCAACAGCAGCAGCAGCAGCAGCAACAGCGGCGGCGGCGGCGGCGGCGGCAGAGUCCAUGAUGGCUGAGAGCGAGUGAAUGAGCGAGGCGAGAGCCGCCCGAGUCUCCUCUGCCGCCGCCGCGCUCUCGGCGCCCUGUACUCCGCUCGCAGCCCGCGCUUCUCGGGCGCUUCUCUCCGGCAGGCUUGGCCAGUGCAUCGGGGACGCCGUGGCCGGAAGGUCCCUAGCCUUCACCGUCAACCAUGAAGGCGACGCAUCUCCUCUAUGACCACCUUUGGGCCUGGGUUCUCCUCAUGAGCACACUAACUGGAAGAAGCUAUGGACAAACUUCCUUACAAGAUGAAAUUAAGGACAACACAACAAUAUUCACCCGGAUUCUGGACCGUUUACUUGAUGGUUAUGAUAAUCGCCUGAGACCGGGAUUGGGAGAGCGUGUAACUGCUGUGAAGACUGAUAUCUUUGUUACCAGCUUUGGACCUGUUUCAGACCACGAUAUGGAAUACACAAUAGAUGUAUUUUUCCGGCAAAGCUGGAGGGAUGAGAGACUGAAGUUCAAAGGGCCCAUGCAAGUCCUCCGACUUAAUAAUUUGAUGGCCAGCAAAAUAUGGACACCUGAUACAUUUUUCCAUAAUGGAAAGAAAUCAGUAGCUCACAACAUGACUAUGCCUAACAAACUCUUGCGGAUUACAGAAGAUGGGACGCUGCUCUAUACAAUGAGACUCACAGUGAGGGCAGAAUGUCCAAUGCAUUUAGAAGACUUUCCCAUGGAUGCACAUGCUUGUCCGUUGAAAUUUGGAAGCUAUGCUUAUACAAAAUCAGAAGUAGUAUAUGAAUGGACAAAGGAGCCUGCAUUAUCUGUCGUAGUAGCUGAAGAUGGCUCUCGACUGAAUCAAUAUGAUCUCAUGGGACAAACGGUGGAUUCUGGAAUUGUGCAGUCCAGUACAGGAGAAUAUGUUGUAAUGACAACUCACUUCCAUUUGAAGAGAAAGAUUGGCUAUUUUGUCAUUCAGACUUACCUACCAUGCAUUAUGACAGUGAUUCUGUCCCAGGUCUCCUUUUGGCUCAAUAGAGAAUCUGUUCCAGCAAGAACUGUGUUCGGGGUGACAACUGUGCUUACCAUGACCACCUUGAGCAUCAGUGCAAGAAAUUCUCUUCCAAAGGUGGCCUAUGCCACUGCUAUGGACUGGUUCAUAGCUGUAUGUUAUGCAUUUGUUUUCUCGGCACUGAUUGAAUUUGCAACAGUGAACUACUUCACAAAGAGAGGUUAUGCAUGGGAUGGCAAGAGUGUUGUUCCUGAAAAGCCAAAGAAAAUAAAGGAUCCUCUCAUUAUGAAAAACAACUCCUUCACAGCACCAGCGACAGCAACCAGCUUCACCCCUAAUAUCGCAAGGGACCCUGGACUUGCGACCAUUGCGAAAAGCGCAACGAUAGAGCCCAAAGAAGGGAAACCGGAAACGAAACCUCCAGAACCCAAGAAAACAUUUAACAGCGUCAGCAAAAUCGACCGACUAUCGAGAAUAGCCUUUCCACUGCUUUUUGGGAUUUUUAAUCUAGUUUACUGGGCAACAUAUUUAAAUAGAGAGCCCCAGCUGAAAGAUCAAACCCCUCCCCACUAACCCCAUUCCACUGUAGAGUUUGUCCAGUCUCUUUUGCACUGGGAAUUGCUUUUUGGUUCUAAAACACACGUGGCGGUUCCCAUCUGCUUCAUUGCCUCUGUCUUAAAGAAAUUGAGAUCUCUUUAUUUUAUAAAGUUAAAGUAUAUUAUAUAUAUACAUAUAUAUAAUAGAAAAAGAUAUUAACUCUGUACUCUAGGGCUGUAACAACGUGAUGUAGACACAUGAUUCUGAACCGUGUCUCUGAAGAGAAGGAAAAGUACACAAUCCAAACCAUUUGCAGGCAGCCUAAUUACUGAAUGUCCCCAUAAAAAGAUGCUGUACAUGUCAGAACAGAAAUAUUUUUAUGCAAAAUGAUAGAAGGUAAAGCUGUCUUUAUAUAUGUUCAUGUUGCACAUACAACUAUUGUAUUUUCCAUUUUUGGAGUGCUGCUUAUUUUGAAUUCUUUUAUAGAAUAUACAUCUUUCCAAAGUGGUGGAUUCCAGAAGAUACGAUAUUUUUCCUAGAUUUCUUUUUUUUGACUAAAGUCCCAGCCACCAGUUUGAAAGUAUAUAAUGUUAUUUACAUAAAAGAAAGCCUACUUGCUAAGGGUACCGGUGAUCACAGAAUAGCACAUUUGUUAAAUGAUAAUGAAUGCUUUAAUACGCUCUCACUGCAGUCUUAUUUUGAGCAUCAGAAUGUCACUUGACUUGAUAAGAUCAACCUAUUGCACAUUAAGUACAGAGUUCUAAUCCCAUCCUUCCAACCUCUUAGAUAAAACAACACUUGGAUAAUUUACAGGGGUUAUUUUUGUUUGGGUUUUUUUUUGGUUCAUUUAGGAAGAAAAACACUCAAGAAUACUGUUUGAAGCUCUAGAUAUGUUGAAUGUAUUAUUUUAUAAAUCAGUAUAUUUAAAAGCUUUAGACUGAAAAAAACAUGGCUAACAGAAAGACAAUACAAUACCUAUUAUUUAAAUGAAUCUAUGUAAAUAUACAGCAUGAGAUUGUACAUUUUUUUACUUUUUUAUGUUCUUAAUAUAUUGUGUAGGGUUCACCUCUCAAAGCUCUUAAUAUGUUAUACUAAGAAGGAACAUAUUUAGAGUCUGCAGUAAAAAAAAGUCAGUGGCAUUUGAAAAUGGGGGGAAAAGACAAAGCGGAGAGCUUGGAAUAUUUUUCAUUUGUAAAGUGGCUAUCUGUACAGUAGCUUGCAGUUUGAAACUGUCAUCCAGUGUAUACUAUUUGGCUAAUGACUGGUAUGCUCAGGUAAUGCGUGAAUACUAAAAUAUGGAAUUAUAUUUGGUAGGAAAAUGGUAAAAAUAUUUAAGACAAAUGUCAUCUGUAUAUUAUUGCUAUAUUUGCUGAUACAUAACUGUUAACGAUAAGUGAUGUUAUAUAUGUAGCAUUAAAUACAGAAAAAAAACAUACACAAAAGAAUGUACAGGAAAAUACAUUUUAUUGAGUAAGUUAUUACACUUCAUUUUUACUGUAGCAAUAUAUUUGUAGGAAAAAUAUGUAAGGGCUUUUAAAAAAAACAAGAUGUCCAUUUUGCAAGUUAUAAGUACUCCCUUCCAAAAAAAAAAAAAUCUAGCCAAUUUUAUUUCUGCGGAGAACUUAUUUAAGGAAAAUAAUAUUAAUCAGAUUUAGGAGAUGGAUAUUUUCAAAACCGGUUCGGACACUGAUGGAUGUUUGGAAGUAUUAGCACAGUGGUUCAGAAUCCAUAACACAUGGUAGUGAAUGCAUUUAAACAACAACAAUGAUGCUACAUGGACCUUCAAACGAAUUAGCUAAUAGUCAGUUUGAUAUCUAUACAUGUUACAGGCAAUGUUUUAUAUACUCUUUCUCAGUAAAUCAAGAGAUUGCUGCUCACUUAGUAUCUACAAAUUAAAAUAGUUAACUUUUUCUUUAGAAAAGAAAACUUUUUUUUAAAACUAAUGCUUCAUUGUCUACCAUUUAGUCCUGUCUAAACUUGAUGAGCUAAUCUGACUGGAGCUUACUAAAGAGGAUGUGUUAUCUUCUGGUAUUAUGUGUAGAUAAAUGUAUAGAAAAAAAAUUAAAAUAAAAUACAACUCUUUAACUUC